GUGUGUGUGCUGCCCCAUACAAAACAAACAUAAAGUUUACAAAACUUAAAAUUUUCCAAUUUUUUUUGUUUGUUGUCCGAUACAAAAAUAUAAAGUUUUUCAUGUUAUGCGUGUGCGCUUUUUCAAACUGUUUCAUCUUUCUUGUGUGUUGCCCCAUACAAAACAAACAUAAAGUUUACAAAUGUUAAAAUUUUUCAUUUUUUUCUAAAGAGUUUACCAGUGUGUCCCAUACAAAUGUUAAAAUUUUUCAUUUUUUUUUUGUGUGUGCUGCCCCAUACAAAACAAACAUAAAGUUUACAAAACUUAAAUUUUUCAAUUUUUUUGUAUGUUGUCUUAUACAAAAAUAUAAAGUUUUUCAUGUUAUGCGUGUGCGCUUUUUCAAACUGUUUCAUCUUUCUUGUAUGUUGCCCCAUACAAAACAAACAUAAAGUUUUACAAAUGUUAAAAUUUUUCAUUUUUUUCUAAAGAGUUUACCAGUGUGUCCUAUACAAAUGUUAAAAUUUUUCAUUUUUUUUUUGUGUCGCCGAUUAAAAACAAAGUUUUUCUUGGGACGCGUGUGCGCUUUUUCAAACUUAUUAACGUUUCUUGUGUUUUGCCCCCAUACAAUACUAAAGAGUUUUCCAGUGUGUGUUGUCCCAUACAAAACAAAGUUUUUCAUUUUUUGUUUGUUGCCCCAUACAAAACUUAUGAGGUUUUUCCCAUUUUUGAACCGAACAAUAAGAUUAAGUAUGAACUCAAACUGUUUAAACUAGGUGGCGGCAGGGGUUGGACAGGUGGGUGCGUGCGCGUUUUUUUAAAAAAAAACCUUUUUCAUUUUUCUUGUGUGUUGCCCCAUACAAAACAAACAUAAAGUUUACAAAUGUUAAAAUUUUUCAUUUUUUUCUAAAGAGUUUACCAGUGUGUCCCAUACAAAUGUUAAAAUUUUUCAUUUUUUUUUUUUUUGUGUGUGUGCUGCCCCAUACAAAACAAACAUAAAGUUUACAAAACUUAAAAUUUUUCAAUUUUUUUUGUUUGUUGUCCGAUACAAAAAUAUAAAGUUUUUCAUGUUAUGCGUGUGCGCUUUUUCAAACUGUUUCAUCUUUCUUGUGUGUUGCCCCAUACAAAACAAACAUAAAGUUUACAAAUGUUAAAAUUUUUCAUUUUUUUCUAAAGAGUUUACCAGUGUGUCCCAUACAAAUGUUAAAAUUUUUCAUUUUUUUUUUGUGUGUGCUGCCCCAUACAAAACAAACAUAAAGUUUACAAAACUUAAAUUUUUCAAUUUUUUUGUAUGUUGUCUUAUACAAAAAUAUAAAGUUUUUCAUGUUAUGCGUGUGCGCUUUUUCAAACUGUUUCAUCUUUCUUGUAUGUUGCCCCAUACAAAACAAACAUAAAGUUUUACAAAUGUUAAAAUUUUUCAUUUUUUUCUAAAGAGUUUACCAGUGUGUCCUAUACAAAUGUUAAAAUUUUUCAUUUUUUUUUUGUGUCGCCGAUUAAAAACAAAGUUUUUCUUGGGACGCGUGUGCGCUUUUUCAAACUUAUUAAUGUUUCUUGUGUGUUGCCCCCAUACAAUAAUAAAGAGUUUUCCAGUGUGUGUUGUCAAUGUCAUGAAUCUGAUAUUUAUUUCAGGGCAAGCAACCAGUAUCCCUCAAUCACAACACUUCCUCCAGCAUGCCUGCUCCAACAUCCAAAGGAUCAACCAAUCACAGCACAGCUUGGUAGAGGACAACAAGUGUAUAUGUGUCAUAUGAAAUUACAGGACAAACUACUCAGAGCGUGAAAAGAUCGAGCCGGCAAGCAACCAGUAUCCCUUCCCUAAGCAAGCUCCAUGCACCGGCUGCUGUAGAUCGACCAAUCACAACACUUCCUCCAGCAUGCCUCCUCCAACAUCCAGCGGAUUAAUCAAUCACAGCACAGCAUGGUAGAGGACAACAAGUGUAUAUGUGUCAGAUGAAAUUACAGGACAAACUACUCAGAGCGUGAAAAGAUCGAGCUAUUUUUGUACAAAACCACCAGACAAUGGGGUAUGUUACACAGUUUAUAUGGCCUGGUUCUACAGCUCAACAGAACAGGAAUGUCAGGAAUUUGUCUACCUAAGAUGCGGCGGAAAUGAGAACAGAUUUAAAACAGAAGAAGAAUGUUACGCCAAAUGCAAAGAAAAGUUGGUUCAACUUCACCCUCCUCAGAAUGUGACAGUGGCAUAUGUGCAGACAAACAGAAUUUACUUGUACUGGUACCCUCCCCUGAACUAAAGACUACAUGAACCCAGCUUAGCUAGCAGCAGUGUUUCGUAUACGGUGCACCGUUCUAGUGGUGGGGCGCAGAAAUCUCCUGUUUUGUUACCAGCUCAUUCAAAACGUGCUUCAGAGUCUGAUUCUCGGGCAGGGAACCAGGACACAAGUGAAAGUGAAACCACUGUAAAACCGUCAGAUACCACAGUCGGGAAUGCAAAUAGGACUGGAUCAGAAGAUAAUUCUACCAGUAGUGAAACCAAGACUGGGGAGGGUAGUACAACAGCCAGUUCUACUGCGGCAAAUCAUACUGCGGAGGUGAUUGAAAUAGCAGGAACUAAUUUGAGUAUCUUGGACUAUAUUGGGAAAAAUAAAGUGCCAUUCCAUUUUGCAAAAUUGACGCAUUAUGUGAUAACCGUACUGCCAGCUAAUAGAUCUUUCAUCCAGAAUAUAACAGUGCCAGGAAAUAUGAUGGAGGUUAAUAUUACUGAUUUACCAUCAUCUGUAGAACAUAAAAUCAUUGUCAGCGCAGUGUAUCUGACAAACUCUACAAUAUCAGCCGAGGCUGUGACAGAUAAAACUGCUGCAGAUCCUUCAAAAGCUUCUAACUGUUACUGUGAUCCAUUUGGAACAAAGGACGGCUAUAAGAGUUGUAAUUUAUCGCUGACACAUGUGCCUUGGUGUGAAUGUAAACCGCGUCAUGCUGGACUCUUCUGUGAGAUUUGUGCCCAUGGAUAUAACAGGACUGCACGAAGCCUGCCAUGCCAUACGUGUCCUUGUCCAGAGACAUUUUCUACUGGAUCUUGUCAUUUUAUGGAAGGUUACCUGCAUUGUACAACUUGUAGAGAAGUGUACACUGGCAACCUGUGUCAUCGUUGUGCCAAUGGUUACUAUAGAGACCAUGCAGCGGCUCCCUCAAAGUGCAUAAAAUGCCAAGGUUGCCAUGAUAUAACACCAGGACUGAUCUGUGAUCCAUUCAAUGCUGAGAAAAACACCAGUACGAAACCACCAGCUGCCGGCAUCAUUGUUGUCGGUACGAUUGUUCUCCUGUCGGGAAUCGUUGGCUUUAUUGUGUACAAACGCAGCCAUAACUUCCCUAAAAACAAGCCAUUCUGAACGAUCGAGUUUAAAGAGGAUCAUGAUGAUGUGAAUUUCAGCGCCAUUCCGGAUGAUGAACUGGAACGCCAGCACGAUGACAUGCAAUUUUAUGAGUCUCAGUCAAAAGGAAAAAAUAAGUUGCCACCAUACUCACAGUUAAGAGAAGAUAUAUGAAAAAUGCAAGACUUGUGCCUUUCUUUUAGACUCAAGGUUGUGAAAAAUGCAUUUAGAGUAUAGAAAAAUAUCUAGUUUAGUCAGAUUAGAUUGUCAAGUGAAAAAAGAUAGAGUGGAUGAGGUUAAUCAGUCUUUGAAAUUAGACAAUAUAUGUAUUUUUUUCAUUUGUUGCAAUAUUAGAUAGAUACGUUAUGGGAGUGAAUUCCGCCUAAGCAUUGGCUUUUAAUUAGUGCUCAUUCAUUCCAGCUACGCAAAACAUUCUGAUGUGUUGAAGACCUUAUAAAGGUCGUACUGACUUUGUAUGACUUUUGGUCAUUGUUAAGUGUUCUAGAUAGGAUGUUUUAACAAAUUUAGCUUUUUGUUUUCAAUUUAAUGCAAAUGCAUAUAUGUAUAGAAUGUGCGUAACAAUCUCAUACAAGAAAAUUGCCAUAGAAACCAAUUUGUCAAAUUUAAAAGUGGGUUUUUGUAGGUGAACUUGUGUGUACUAAACUGCAGGUGCAAUAGUGAUCAAAUUCUGACAGUGGAAUUUUUUUUUCCAGUGUACUUGAUGGUUUUAUGUAUUUCAAACAUACAACCAUAUAUUUCCUUUAAUAAUAUUACUGCUAGACUCUGUAUUAUACAUUAUUUAACCCAUUUAUGAAAGUUUUAACAUGUAUGUAAUUUUUGUGUUCUUUGUUGCAAUUUAAGUAACCUUGCUUCAAAUAGAGCUAGUCCAGUAAAAUUUCUUUUUAUGUUUUUUUUUUUUUACUGAAAUGGAGUGAAGGUUGAUAUCUGUUGAUCUGAUUUUUGUGAUUUUAAGAAAUGUCUAUUUGCAUAUUUAUGGUUCAAGCUUAUUUUUAUCCAGUGACUACAGUAGUAAGAAUUGUUUUAAAAAAUAUUACCUAACCUUUUUAACUGCUGAAAUUGACUCACUUGUUUAUUACAUGCUUCAUUGUCAAAUUAGAUGUUUUAAUUAUGUAAGUGUGUGAUAGAUCAAUUUACCAUCUAAUGAAUCAAGGUUGUGUCCACUGUGCUAUGCCUUGUAACUGAAAGAUUUUAUUUAGAAGGUCAGUAAAUGUUCUAUGCUUUUUUUUAAUGUCAUUUGACACUGUUUCAUAUAAAAUUUAAUAUGUAUUUUAUUCUAUAUUCCCUUCAUUGGGUUCAUUGUCACAUCUAUAGCUUAUUAGCUUUGUAUCGAGAAAUACACACAAGUUCUGUAGUCGAGAUAAUUGGUUAGGAGGGCAGUAUUAAUCUGCAAUAGAACAAGUACAUUUUUCUUAGUGCAUAGCUAGCUCAAUAGGGAGAGCGCAAAUCUACAAAUCACAAGGUUGUGAGUUAAAUAUCCACGGGCAAGGCAUAUGUUCUCCAUGACAAUGUGUUAGAAGACAUAUGUGUCAGAAGUAAUUUUGUCCUUCACAUCUUAUUUAUAUUGAGAAGUUGGCAGUUACUUGGAAAGAACAGGUUUGUACUGGUACAAAACCCAGAAACACUAGUUAGGUUAACUGCUGUCUGUUUCAUAAUUGAAAUACUGUUGUAAAACAGUGCUAAACCUAAAACAAACAAACACAGUACAUAGCUGAUAAUCUUUUUAUUACUACUCAUUAGUAAAUGAUAUAGACUGGUUCUUUAGAAUGAACAUAAUUGAAAAUAUCUAUGUUUAUGAAGUUUUUAACACAAAUACACAUAUUAAAAUGACUUAACACACCAAAAAUAAAUAUUGCUGUUCGAGAUUCUAUUGUAAAAGGGAGUAUGUAGGGAAAGAUAUCGGUUGUACGAGUGCUGCUCAUUGCUUUAAAACUUCAGCGUACUGUUGAAAAUAAAUGUAGGGAAACAUACACCCCUUUCAGAUGAUAUACAGCAUACCAUAUGAUACCUGUGCCUGUGUAUUUAUCUAACAUCAUCAAUUUGUGCCAGGUACGCAAAUUUAUAUACAUGUAUUAUGCAUUUGUUUUCAGUGGUUAAAGUAAAAUGUGUUGUUUUUUUUCAUAUGCUACUUUCUGUGAAUUAUGUUUUAAUAAAGGCAUUUAUA